CAAUUUUGUGAUGCAAAUGGCGGUAAGAGAAGAGGUUAACGUGAGUUAAGCUUUGAAUUAAUAAGAAAGAUUUAUGUGCAAAGUGAAUUAGUUUUUCUUAAGGAAAAUGGAACUGGAAUAUUCAGAUGUUUCUGCUGAGAUCAAAGGAUCUUUGACUCCAGGAAAAUUAAAACUAACAGAACAAAAUAUUAUAUUCAAAAACAGUAAAAGCGGUAAAGUGCAACAAAUACCAUCUUCAGACUUUGAUGUAGUAAAUUUUCAAAACUUUGCUGGUACUUGGGGUAUCCGUUUAUUUCUCAAAAAUGGUACUUUACAUCGAUUUGUAGGUUUCAAAGAUUCCGAAAAAGAUAAAAUUGCAAAGUUUUUUAGUAAUGCCUACAAAAUAGAAAUGUUGGAGAAAGAACUAAGUACAAAAGGUUGGAAUUGGGGUACAGCUAAAUUUAAUGGAUCAGUUUUAAGUUUUGAUGUAGGUUCUAAUAGUUCAUUUGAAAUACCUCUUAAUCAUGUAUCACAAUGUACAGGAGGAAAAAAUGAGAUUACUAUGGAAUUUCACCAAAAUGAUGAUGCUCCUGUGAGUCUCAUGGAAAUGAGGUUUUUCAUUCCUGCUAAUGAAUUAGCUGGUGAUGUAGAUCCAGUUGAAGCAUUCCAACAACAGGUAAUGGAUAAAGCCAGUGUUAUCAAUAUAUCUGGAGAUGCUAUUGCUAUAUUCAGAGAAAUCCAUUGUCUUACUCCAAGAGGGCGCUAUGAUAUUAAAAUAUUUAAUUCAUUCUUCCAACUUCAUGGUAAAACAUUUGAUUACAAAAUUCCAAUAACUACAGUGCUCAGAUUGUUCCUGUUACCACAUAAAGAUAGCAGACAGAUGUUCUUUGUAGUUAGUUUAGAUCCUCCAAUUAAACAAGGUCAAACUCGUUAUCACUUUUUAGUGUUUCUCUUUAAUCAAGAUGAAACAUCUAUUGAGCUUCCAUUUACUGAAGAAGAAUUAAAGGAAAAAUUUGAAGGAAGGUUACAAAAGGAACAUAGUGGACCCACAUUUGAAGUUAUGAGUAACAUUAUGAAAAAUAUAAUCAACAGAAAACUAACAGGACCUGCUGAUUUUAUAGGUCAUUCUGGAACACCAGCAAUCAGUUGUUCCUACAAAGCUGCAGCUGGUUUGUUAUAUCCAUUGGAAAGGGGCUUCAUCUAUGUUCAUAAACCACCUAUUCAUAUAAGAUUUGAAGAGAUUGCUUCUGUUAAUUUUGCUCGAGGUGGAGGAAGUACAAGAUCUUUUGACUUUGAAAUUGAACUAAAGUCAGGUACUGUUCACACUUUUAGCAGUAUAGAAAAAGAGGAGUAUGGUAAGCUGUUUGACUUUAUUACCAAAAAGAAGUUAAACAUUAAAAAUAGAGGCAAGAAUGAUAAAACUUCAUAUAAAGAUGACUUUGGAGACUCAGAUGAAGAAGCUGCUCCUGAUGCAUAUCUGGAAAGGGUUAAAGCUGAAGGCCAAGAAAGGGAUGACGAUGAUGAUGACGAAGAUGAAAGUACAGAUGAAGAUUUCAAUCCAGGUCAAGAUGAAAGUGAUGUUGCUGAAGAAUAUGAUAGUAAUCACAGCAGCUCUUCUGAAGAUGAAGAUGAAGAAGGUGGAGGUGGUGGUGGUGGAGAUAGUGAUGAGAAAAAGAAAAAGAAAGAAAAGAAGGAAAAAAAGAAAACAAAGACAAUUUCAGAAAAACCAAGAAAGAAACGUGAGAAAAAAGACAAAUCAGAUAAUAAACCAAAGAGAGCAACUACUGCUUUUAUGCUCUGGUUAAAUGCUACCAGAGAAAAAAUUAAGGAAGAAAAUAAAGGAAUCUCAGUAACUGAAAUUGCAAAAAAAGGUGGAGAAAUGUGGAAAGAAUUAAAAGACAAAUCAGAGUGGGAAGAAAAAGCUAAGAAGGACAAGGAAAGAUAUGAACAAGAAAUGAAAGAAUUUAAAGCUUCAGGAGGUGACACAUCAAAAGAAACUAAGAAAGCACCAGCAAAGAAGGAUAAGAAAUCUCCUGCUAAAAGGGCCAGUUCACCUAAACCUGCAGAAGGAAAGAUAAAAAGUAAAGAAUAUAUUGAUGAUUCAGAUUCUAGUAGUGAUGAUGAAAAGGCUAAGAAAAAAAAGGAGAACUCUAAAUCUAAAAAAGAUGCAAGUAGUGAGGAUGAGAAAGAUAAGAAAGAUGCAAGUAGUGAGGAUGAGAAAGAUAAGAAAGAUGGAAGUAGUGAAGAUGAUGUUAAAGACGAGUCAGAAAGUGAAGAGGAGAGAGGAAAGAAAAGAAAGAAAGAAAGUGAUGACGAGAAUGAAGAUAGUGAUUAAAGAAAUGUUGCAUAAAUUUCAGGAUAUUCGUUUUAGUAUUUUUUUUAAGUAAUAAAAUAUUUGUAUUA